AUGGAGAGUGGUUGGGAGCCUGAGGUUGAGAUAUCACCAAAUUGUCCAAGGUGUGGUUCUUCCAACACCAAGUUUUGCUACUACAAUAACUAUAGCUUAACUCAACCGAGGUACUUUUGCAAGGGAUGUAGAAGGUAUUGGACCAAAGGUGGAUCCCUCCGCAAUGUUCCAAUUGGUGGUGGAUGCAGGAAAAAUAGAAGAGGUAACAAAACCUUACUAAGACAAUCCAUUGAUGGUUUCACUUUCAAAAAUUCACCUUCAGAUCAUAAUAACCAUGUGGGUCAUUCUUAUGAUCCUAGAGUGAGGACUUCUUCAUCUUCUAGCUCCUCCUCAGUGGUGAGUGAUGGACCAAAUAUUGAUCUUGCACUAGUUUAUGCAAAUUUUCUCAACCCAAAGCCUAAUUCUGAAGAAGGGCUUGUGAAUAAUCCAGAUCAAGUGCAAACAGCUUUUGAUCCUUGUCUAGAAAAUAAUUCAAGAAUAUCCAACACUGAGGUUGGCCCAAGUACAUUUCCUGAAGACCUUGGUCCUUCUGGGUGUUUGAAUCUGCCAAAGCAAGCAUCCAUAGAACCCCAUUUUAGUGAAAGUAGUAAAAACAGCAAUAACCAUAUGUGCUAUAGCGAGUUCAACUCUUUGCAGGCGCCUCAACAAGAUGGAAUUGAUCAAUGUAGUAGUCAUGGUAGAAUGAAUUUUGAGCUGCCACCAUUGCCAGGGGAAGAGGAAGCCCCACAUGAUCAUAUGAUGUGGUCCAAUUCUGAGGUAAUGAUGAAUCAUUCAUUUCAAGUCACACAACCACCACUUCUUGGACCUGAAGCUCAUGAUGCAGACUUGUUAAUUGGUAAUUGGAGCCCCUUUGAUUUGCCAAAGGAUGCUUCUUUUUCCGUGCCAUGA